GUCUCAUUGUGCGGUGGCAGCAACCAACGUACACACACUAGGGCUCCCGGCAGCGGCGUCGGUCUCGCUCCAGCCGCGCUGCCGCCUCUAAGAGGGUUGUCGCCGCAUCCCGCGGGUGUAGCAGGGGAAGGGCCAUGAACCUGGGAGAUGGAUUAAAGCUUGAAACUGAAAUUUUGGAUGGAAAACCUCGGCUAAUUGUGGCUUCAUAUGGUAAAUCAAAAUCCACAGUUAAGAUGGGCAAUAAAGCUAAAGUCCUCAAACAUCCAUUGAGAACAAAACAGUCUGGACAUGUUCUGAAAUCAACACAAAAUUCCUGUGUCAAGCAUGAACAUAUUUUAGCAAAACCCAGAAGUGGAUCAAGAUGGUCAGCAAUAAAAGGUGAAAAAAACUGUGUGACUUUGUCAUCAUCUAAAGAUUCAUCAAAGGAAUCCUUAAAUAAAAACCAUGCUUUGAUUAUCCAAAAAGACAACACAACUGGAAUGCCGGAUUUACAGAACCCUAAUAAAAUUGCUGUUAAAAAGCCCAAACAGAAGUUUCAAAAACCUCAUAUCUCAGGUGAAGAUCUAAGGAACAAUUUGGUGUGUUUAACUCAAGAGCAACUUGAACAGAUUCUGAUGACUGUAAAACAAGGAACCAAAAUUGAGUCCCAGGCCCAGGAGGAAAAGCAAGAAGAAACAAGCCAAAACAAAAACUCCGAUAGUAGCACUGCUGCUAAUCAGGCCCCACAAGAGGAGAACAUUAUGGGAUUACUCCAAAAAGCUGAUGAAAUUUCAUCUGUUCCAAAUGAAAAUAAUUAUGCCUCAAGCAGAAAAGAAGCAGCAUCUGAGCAGACUGAACAGAAAGUUAUUAAGAAUUCAUGGAAACCAGCUGACAUGUUUAGUACCCUAGGUGAAAGAGAAGAGGAUAAAAUUUUAUUAGAUGCAAAGAAGUCCCAGUGGAAGAAGGAACUAGAUGAACAGAUAGCUUUAAAGAAGAAAUUAAAAGAAACUUUGGAGCGACAGACGAAAUACUACCAUUGGGCGAAAACGGAUGGUGAUGGUGAUAAAACCCAUUUGGAAAAACUGAAGCCAGUUAAUCAAGCUAACAUGACAUUUCCAGCUGAUUUGAGCAUUGCUGCUGAGGAAAACCACAUUUUUAGAACCACUUUGAUCACAGAGGCUAGUGAAGUUGCACCCAGUGUUUCGAGUGGACCAACUGCUCAGUCGUCUAGUUUCAGUUCUCCUGACUUGCCAGCUGCCAUUCGUACAGCAUUUGUGUUAGGGGAAGCUACACCAGUGGAGCACCCCUUUAGUGCCAUGAAACGAGAACAACAGAAGAAGUGGCUUCUAGAUCUGGACAAACAAAAGGAAGAGGCUAAACUACGAAAAAUAGAGGAAAAACGUAAUUUAUCAAAGGCUGAGGAGCAUGAGAGAUGGGCAGUGCAUUUUGAUUCUUUAAAGAACUACCCUCGUGCUAAUCCACAACACCCCAUAAAUGGAACAUACACCAAGCAGCCUGAAAUUCUUUGCCUGUCCCCCGAAUCUCAGGCCCUGACUGCUGUUAUUCAUCCUUUUACACCUGCAGCUUUAGGCCAUCUCAUACAUUCAAAGGUGAAGAAUGUAGAAAAAACUGUUGAGAACACUACUUCGGAACAAAGUCAAAAAGCCAGUUUUCUCCGGUCAAUGACAGCUCUCUUGGAUCCUGCACAAAUUGAGGAAAGAGACAGGAGGCGGCAGAAACAGUUAGAACAUCAGAAAGCUAUAAUGGCUCAAGUAGAGGAAAAGCGAAGAAAGAAGCAGCUGGAGGAAGAGCAAAGAAAAUGGGAAGAACAAGAAGAAGAACACCGCUUAGCACGAGAACGAGAACUGAUGCAAAAACAGUUUGAAGAGGAUAUGCUCAAACAAAAACAAAAGGAAGAAAUCAUGACUCUUAAAACAAAUGAGCUCUAUCAGACAAUGCAGAGAGCACAAGAACAGGCUCAGAGAUUAAAACAGGAACAACGUAUUCGAGAGUUGGCUCAAAAAGGACAUGACAUUUCAAAACUGCAGAAGAAUCUUGAGGGUGGUGGUGGCGGCGGCGGUGAUAAAAUAUGUGAGAGUUAUUGUACUGGCCUUUCAAAUGUAAGUCAUGAUCAUUGUUCUGAUGAAGUGAGCAGUAAGAUGCAUCAAGAUGUAAAAACCAUAACCUCUCCUCGGAAAGAUACUGCUGUGCAGACAGAUGACUUUGACACCAGAGCAUACAUCCGAACUGAAACAUGUACUGAGCCAGUUGUAGAAAGAAGAACUGUGGACUGUACAUCUCCAAAUAUUUCCAUAGAAUAUAAAGAGAAAUUUAACAUCAAAAAAUGCAAGAAAGAAAUGCAGUAUCCAGAUAAAAAUAAAAUUUCCGAAAAAGAGAAUAACGGCAGUUACACUGAUUUGUAUAACCAAUUUGCAAGAAAAGAGAAACAAACAAAACCUAUGGAAAAAUAUGGAAAGAGACCCGACUGGAACAUAAACAAACCUGGGAAAAGGUAUAUUCCAGCAUCAGAAAGAUACCCUAGACGGCUACAAAAGCAAAGGGAGGAAAAGAAAGUAAGACGACAGAUAGAGCUGCUUCAGUUGGUAGAAAGAAAUACUCCUGGCAAACUCUGCCAAAAGAAAGAAGUCUCUCCAGAAAGGUCUCCUUCACCUCACCAGGAAACUAAUACAAAGAGUAAGGGACAUGCAGUCACAAAGAAAGAACAAUCUCAGAAGAGUCAUUUGAAUGAAGAAAGAUCUGAAUCACCACCUGUUCCAGCAGUUAAAAACAGAUUAUACCAAGUACAACAAAGGCAGAUAAAUACUUCUAAUUUCCCAGUUCAGAAUGGCAAUAGUGGAAGAGAGAGAAAUAUCAACACAGACAUGCAACAGAGGAAAUCGUCUUCUCCAGUUAUUGAACCUGAACGGCCACCCUCUUCUCAUUUUAUUCCCUAUGUGCGAACAAAUGAAAUUUAUUACCUUGAUCCAGAUGCACCAAUGACUAGACCUUCAACACAUGAUCCACAAUAUCGACAGUUUAAUGAUUCUUGCCAUACACCACGGCAGAUUUUUAGUUCUGAUCAUGUGAGAGAUCCACUUCUUAAUCCUAAUGUGGUGAAAAACAGAGACCGACAACAGGCAAUCCUCAAAGGACUAUCAGAAUUACGCCAGGGUCUCCUCCAGAAGCAGAAGGAGUUGGAGACUGGUCUAAUUCCAACCAUAAAUCAAGAAGAAAACUUUAUUUCACCAUUUUAAAAAAGGUCUUAUCUCCUACAUGAACUGUGACAGGUUAUGUGGUUUUGUUCCCUUUCCUCCUCCCCCCAUGUGGUUGUUUGAAGAUGCUUGAAUCUAAUAUAUAAUGCAUUUGCUGUUUAGAACAAUCUUCUGCUUUGAAGAUUUCUUAAGAUUAUGUAGUAGAAAAACAGCAGUAUAGAAAGUUUUUGUUUACAUUAACUUUUUGUAGAAAUUAAAAUAUAUGUAUUUUUGUAUAAAUAAAUGUAUUAAAUAUUUAAUUACUACCAAUUUUUGCCUCACACUAAAAAAAAAAAAAAAUUAGAAGUACCAAAUCUCUUCCCCUUUCAGUGUUGCCUUGUCCAAAAAGCUGUCUGAUCACUUAGAUAAAUAAUUUGUGUGCUAGUGAGCAACCCAGCAUAUGUAUUGAAUAUGCUAGCUAAAACUGAAUGGCAGUGCUUAUUGUCCAGCUAUGCCAGAAAGAGGACAAGAGACAAGUCUGGGAGUACCUGGCCGAUAGAAGCGUACAGUGCAAAUAAUUCCAUAAUAAUUUCAAUAUAUAGCUGGGGGCUUCUGACAUCUCUCCCCCUUAUCUACCCUGGUCUCCAGCCAACCCACAGCAGGGACCUCUCCCUCCCCCCUCCUCAAAUAAGGGUUAAGGGAGACUAUAAAGAAGGGGGAAGAGUUGGUUCCCUGCUAUACCAGCCAUAGGAGUCCCAAACCCUCCCCACCCCCAUCCCCUCCCAUUUCUUCUCCCUUAAAAUGCAUUGGUAAAGGAUUUAUCUGAUCACUGUAGCCCUUCCCCAGGGAAUACCUGCAGUGGGCAUCUUCCAAAAGAGGCACUAGCAAUUAGCUUGGCCACCCCCGCCCAUAGUUAACCAGGCACCCAGACAUCUCCUAAUGCCCCCUUUAAUAUCAGCCAAAAACUUCUCAGUUCCCAUGUCUGACAGGUGGACCCCAUCCUCCCUGAAUAAUUCUAGUGCCUCAUAUACUAUGCCUGGAUGUGAAAAGACUGACCCUCCUAUGGCAUCCAUGAAUUUGGCCACCUGCCUAUUCACAUACCUCCUAGCCUUGUUGACCUUUCAGGGGCUUCGCAGCUCCCUGCCACGCUCUGCAUUGCAGCAUAUCCAAUCAUACAAUUUUUACUCCUGGGAGAAGUUCCAGGAUCAGCCCCAAGUCCUUCUUAACUCUGACCAUUAAGGCUAUCCUUUACACAGUCCCACAUUAUCUUCCUCAAGGUGAACCACAAUUAUAUCUGAUGCCUGCUCACAGGCCCCUGCAGUGUACAGAGGAGGCAUCAGUUGGUCCCAUAACAUGCCCCUCCUCCCAUGCCAGCUCAGAACUGCUUCACCCCUGAGGCCCAGCUGCAAACCUCCAGCCACCCUAGAAGCCCACCUGUGCACCCAGUAAUGAAAAUACAAAGGAAGAUUAACACAGAUUUUUCCCCCUCCCUCUGCACACUUCAGAAUAGCAAUGCCCAAUUGUCUGAAUUGUCCUAACCCCCAUACCCAGCUGGGCUGCUGCUGUUGCAGCCUAGAUCCUGAAUGAAUGGGAACCAAAAUUCAUAUGCUGGGCAUCCCAACCUUGUCAGUCCCUAUCUUGAAACUGUAGCAAACUGGUAUGAUGUGAGGGAACUCCCAUAACAGUGAAUAAAGAGUGGCCCAUCCCUCCCUGGUCUUACCAUCUUGUAUGUAUUUGAAGAUAA